AUGAGUGUCAUGGAGGAGGGGGAGAGCAUCAACAGCGACCUGCCUCCGAGUCGCAAGACCCGCGACAGCUGCGACGCCUGCGCCAAAUCCAAGGUGCGCUGUGGCAAGCAGCAUCCACGAUGUGAUCGAUGUGUGGCGCGCAACAAGCCAUGCAAUUACGGCUUCAUCCGACCACGAGGGCGGCGACGUCUGUCGCAGAUCCCCCCCGGGGGCAAUCUCACCCCGGUCACGGACACCCAAAAUAGUUCGCCCGACCGGGCGGACCCCAACAACCACAACAAUUUUCAGCACAUCGACCUCUUCAACACACUGGGCUACCAGGACCUCGAGGCCAUCGCAGAGAAGCUCAACGACUACUCUGCGACCGACCGGCUCCUCACCAACCCGCCCACCAGCGUGGGACACAAUGACUUCCAGCUCAUCGACGACUGGCAGACGAUGGACCAGGAGCUGCAGCGGCUGCUCGACAUCACCACCCCGCAACCCACCCCGGUCCUCGAAGUCACCCCCCACCAAUCUAGCUCGCAAUCCAGCAUCCAAACCGGCCUGUCCUCCCUCUCCACGAGCUCCCCAUCCUCCACCUCGUCCCCGUCUCCCAGCAUCUCCUCCCUCCACGGUCAAUCCUGCAUCACCCUGACCUUCAACACCCUGCAAGCCCUCCACCCCCCGUCGGACAAAUGCGUGCUCAACUCGAACGCACCGCCGCCCCGCAGCCUCGACGCCGUCCUGCACCUCAACCAAAAAGCCAUGAGCAAUCUCUCGCUCGUCAUCGGCUGCCCCUGCUCUCUGGACUUCAGCUUCGCGCCCCUCAUCGCGCAGGCCAUCUCCAAGGUUCUGAUCUGGUACCAAGCCAUCCUGGACGGCUGCGAGGCGAUCCCUGAGAUGGCAUUCAUGCAGCCCAUCACGGCGCCGACGCGCGUGCGCGUCCUCCCCAUCAAGAUCGGGCAGUUCGAGCUCAGCGAGGGCGACCACCGCCGCAUCGUCGCGCAGAUGGUCAUGAACGACCUGGAGAAGGUGCGCGGGCUGGUGGAGAGCUUCACGCAGUCAUACUGUCGGCGCGAGGCCUCGCCCACGGAUGCGGACCAGUCCAUGUGCUUUAUGCUGGAGUCGGCGCUGCGGCACAAGUUGAAUGAUACCCUUGGUUCUGCGGUUUUGAAAAUGACGGAUUGA